UCUACGGUCACACUGGUUACGAGGUGUGCUGUGCUAAACUCGUCUUGCAAAUUUUUGGCCUUUCCCUGAACAGAAGUUAACAUUUUAGCCGGACAAUCGUCUCAAAACCUAUUCAAAUGACGAACGAAGACGUGGGACUGGGCGGCAACAGCGUGGCUGACCGCUUGCAGGUGGGUCCCCGCGAGGGUGUUACCUAUCCGAUCCAGAUGAAGUACUGUGGUCACUGCACGAUGCCAAUUGAGUAUUGUGAGUACUAUCCGGAGUACGAGAAAUGCAAGGAAUGGCUGGAGCGUAAUAUGCCUGAUGACUUUGAAAGGCUGAAGAUUGAGGAAGAGGCAGCCGCCGCCGAUGGCACGGAUGAUGACAAGAAGCGCCAGAAGCGCGGCGGCAAGGGAUUGUUGCGCGUCAAGAAGAAGGAGGAUGUGCCCAAGAAGAUCUGCGUCUCGCGGGCUGCCCGUGGCAAAAAGAAGUCGGUGACUGUCGUCACAGGACUGAGCACUUUCGAUAUUGAUCUCAAGGUGGCCGCCAAGUUCUUUGGCACCAAGUUUGCUUGUGGCUCGUCGGUGACUGGCGACGAUGAGAUCGUUAUCCAGGGCGAUGUAAAGGACGACCUGUUCGAUGUUAUACCCGAAAAGUGGUCGGAAAUUGAUGAGGACGUUAUCGAGGAUUUGGGCGAUCAGAAGCGUUGAAUACUUCUUGAGCGUUGAGCACUUGAAUAAUUUAAUAAUUUUUUUUUAGCUUAUUUUGUACGCUACAUCA